AUGUCAUCCAAACCAUACAUCACAUUUCAAGGCUCACAAAACUUUAGACUUCGAAUUAUACUAUCCACACUUUCAGGAAAAUCGAUCAAGAUUGAAAAAAUUCGUUCCACAGACUUGAACCCAGGUCUAAAGGACUACGAAGUCUCAUUCCUAAGACUAAUGGAAUCCGUCACAAAUGGGUCCGUCAUCGAAAUAUCAUACACAGGUACCACCAUCCUUUACAGACCGGGCAUCAUUUCUGGGGGCGCACAUACUCACAACUGUCCACCUUCCAAACCAGUAGGAUACUUUGUGGAACCAAUGUUAUACCUAGCACCUUUCUCCAAAAAGAAAUUCUCCAUCAUCUUCAAAGGUAUCACGGCGUCACAUUCAGACGCAGGUAUCGAGGCUAUAAAAUGGGGGUUGUUGCCCAUCUUGGAGAAAUUCGGCUGUAGAGAAUGUGCAUUACAUACUUUAAAGAGAGGUUCUCCACCUAAUGGGGGUGGUGAAGUCCAUUUGGUUGUGGAUUCAUUGAUUGCACAACCUAUCACCAUGCAUGAAUUGGAAAGACCCACCAUUGCUACGGUGAGAGGUGUCGCCUAUUCUACCAGAGUGAGUCCCUCUAUGGUUAAUAGAAUGAUCGACUCGGCAAAGAAAGUAUUGAAUAAAUUAAGUUGUCCCGUGGAAAUUACAGCUGACGUUUGGAGAGGAGAAAAUUCAGGGAAAAGUCCUGGGUGGGGGAUUACAUUGGUGGCUCAAUCAAAGAAGGGAUGGUGCUACUUUAGUGAGGCCAUUGGGGAUGCUGGAGACGUUCCUGAAGAUAUUGGCCAAUUGGUCGCAUAUCGCUUACUGGAAGAAAUAUCAAUGAGUGCAGCAGUGGGGAGAAAUCAAUUGGCCCUAGCAAUCGUAUACAUGGUCAUUGGGAAAGAAGAUAUUGGUAGAUUGAGAAUAACAAAGGACCAAAUUGAUGAAAAUUUUAUUUAUUUAUUAAGAGAUAUCAAGAAAGUAUUCGGCACUGAAGUAUUCCUAAAACCUGUUGAUGACCUGAAUAGUGAUGAUAUGAUAGCAACAAUCAAAGGUGUUGGUUUUACGAACACAAAUAAAAAAAUUGCAUAG